AUGCCUGGAAGCGGGGCAAAUACUUCAAUCUCCACCAAGGCGUAUCUGGAGAGUCUCAGACCACUCAUCGCGCACGAGCGACAUGGACACCUCGAUGACUAUCGUGGCGCGAUCCAGGGUUCCACAGCCCGCAUCAGACAGUCGACUGCCAACACCUUCAUGCAGACACGACUAGCAACCCAUUCGGAGGCGGGGGCACGCUGA